AUGAAGUCACUCAUCAUCUUCCUCACCUUGCUGGCCUUGCAAUGCAUUAGAGCCACAUCGCGCGUCUGCCACGUGGACGACAUGGCGGGGCUCCUGGCGUUUAAAUCCGGCAUCACGUACGAUCCGUCGGGCAUGCUCGACUCGUGGAAUGGAACCGACUGCUGCUCGUGGUUCGGCGUGACCUGUCUGUCCAACGAUCGGGUCACCUCCCUGUGGCUGAGCGGUCAGCCCGACAAACCUGAUGGAUUCCUGUCGGGCACCAUCUCGCCGUCCCUCGCGAAGCUGAGGGACCUCGACGGGCUCUACCUGAUGAACCUGAGGAACAUCACGGGUAAGUUUCCGGUUUGGUUGUACGGGUUGCCCAGUCUCUUGUUUGUCUACCUGGAGAACAACCGGCUCUCGGGUCCACUACCGGUUGACAUAGGCAAGUUGGGGACCCAACUCGACGUGUUGAGUCUGGAAGGGAACCGGUUCACUGGGUCGAUACCUGAAUCCGUAUCCCAAUUGACCGGUCUGACCCGGUUGAACCUAGCCGGGAACUUGAUCACCGGGAAACUCCCCGCCGGCAUUCGCAGCCUCAGAAACCUGACCCUGUUAGAACUUGAUAACAACCGGCUCUCCCAGCCCAUCCCUGAGAUUUUCUCGUCUUUCCAUCAGCUCAGGUUUCUCAACCUUUCCCACAACAAAUUUUCCGGGAAAAUCCCCAGCUCAAUCUCGUCCCUUUCCUCGACCUUAGCUUACCUCGAGCUCGGCCACAAUUCCCUCGCCGGCCAAAUCCCCAGCUUCCUCGGCAAUUUCCAGACGCUCGAUACUCUGGAUCUUUCCCACAACAAUUUCACCGGGACAGUCCCGAAAACUUUCUCGAACCUCACAAAGAUCUUCAAUUUAGACCUUUCCCACAAUUCCCUCGUCGAUCCCUUCCCCGUGAUGAACGUGAAAGGCAUCGAAUCGCUGGAUCUAUCGUACAACAAUUUCCAUCUGGGCAAAAUCCCCAAUUGGGUCACUCUGUCUCCGAUCAUCUACUCCCUGAAGCUGGCGAAAUGCGGGAUCAAGAUCGAUCUGACUACUUGGAAGCCGAAGGAGACGUAUUUCUACGACUACAUCGACUUGUCGGAGAAUCAGAUCUCCGGCAGCGCGAUUCCGUUGCUGAACCGGACGGAUUAUCUGGUGGGUUUUCGGGCCGCCGGAAACAGAUUGAGCUUCGAUUUGGGGAAGCUGAAAUUUGCUGGGACGAUGAAGGAUUUGGAUCUGUCGAGGAAUUUGGUUUUCGGGGGAGUGCCCAGCUCAGUUUCCGGGCUGGAGAAGUUGGAUUUGAGCCGGAACAGUUUGUGUGGGAAGCUGCCGCCGACCAAGUUCCCGGCGAGCUCGUUUGUGGGGAACAAGUGUCUCUGUGGAUCGCCUUUGCCUGCUUGCAAAUAG